AUGGCAGAUAAUAAGAGCCCUGAUGAUCUCUCUACCGCGAUCCUGCGCCGUAAGGACAGGCCCAACCGUCUGAUCGUCGAGGAAGCCGUGAGCGAUGACAACUCGGUCGUCGCCCUAUCACAGGGGAAGAUGGAGCAGCUACAGUUAUUCCGUGGAGACACUGUAUUGCUGAAGGGCAAGCGUCGUAAGGAGACCGUGUGCAUCGUGCUCUCAGAUGACAACUGUCCCGAUGAGAAAAUCCGUAUGAAUCGUGUGGUCAGGAACAAUCUGCGCGUUCGUUUGUCAGAUGUGGUGUCCAUAGCACCCUGUCCAUCGGUCAAAUACGGCAAGCGUGUCCACAUACUGCCAAUUGACGAUUCCGUUGAAGGUCUCACUGGUAAUCUAUUCGAGGUGUACUUAAAGCCGUACUUCAUGGAGGCCUAUCGUCCCAUACACCGUGAUGAUACAUUCAUGGUUCGUGGCGGCAUGAGGGCUGUGGAGUUCAAGGUUGUGGAGACAGACCCCGCGCCUUACUGUAUUGUUGCUCCAGACACUGUCAUACAUUGUGAAGGGGAACCUAUUAAACGAGAAGAAGAGGAAGAAGCUCUUAAUGCUGUUGGCUACGAUGAUAUCGGCGGUUGUCGCAAGCAGUUGGCUCAGAUCAAGGAGAUGGUGGAACUUCCUCUGCGACACCCCUCGCUGUUCAAAGCCAUCGGUGUGAAGCCGCCGCGUGGAAUACUCAUGUAUGGCCCACCGGGGACAGGGAAAACACUCAUCGCUAGAGCCGUCGCCAAUGAGACUGGUGCGUUCUUCUUCUUGAUCAACGGCCCGGAGAUCAUGUCCAAGCUCGCUGGUGAAUCUGAAUCCAACUUGCGUAAGGCUUUCGAAGAGGCUGACAAGAAUUCUCCAGCUAUCAUUUUCAUUGAUGAAUUGGACGCCAUCGCUCCCAAACGAGAGAAGACACACGGCGAAGUUGAGAGAAGAAUCGUCUCACAACUGCUUACUCUUAUGGACGGUAUGAAGAAGUCAUCUCACGUGAUAGUGAUGGCCGCCACCAAUCGUCCAAACUCCAUCGACCCGGCCCUGCGGCGCUUCGGACGGUUUGAUAGAGAGAUAGACAUCGGCAUUCCUGAUGCAACUGGCAGACUCGAGAUACUACGCAUUCACACCAAAAAUAUGAAGCUUGGAGAUGACGUAGACCUAGAACAGAUUGCAGCUGAAUCUCAUGGUCAUGUGGGUGCUGAUCUUGCCUCCUUGUGCUCGGAGGCAGCUUUGCAACAGAUCAGAGAGAAAAUGGACCUCAUUGACCUCGAGGAUGACCAGAUUGAUGCUGAAGUACUCAACUCCUUGGCUGUCUCUAUGGAUAACUUCCGUUAUGCAAUGACCAAAUCCUCUCCAUCGGCACUCCGUGAGACAGUGGUGGAAGUGCCCAACGUAACUUGGACUGACAUCGGUGGUCUCCAGAACGUUAAGAGGGAGCUUCAAGAACUGGUUCAGUAUCCAGUGGAACAUCCUGAUAAGUUCCUUAAGUUUGGUAUGCAGCCUUCAAGAGGAGUACUGUUCUAUGGACCUCCGGGAUGUGGUAAGACAUUGUUAGCCAAGGCGAUUGCUAACGAGUGUCAAGCCAACUUUAUCUCUGUGAAGGGCCCGGAGUUACUGACCAUGUGGUUUGGUGAAUCUGAAGCCAAUGUUAGAGACAUCUUCGAUAAGGCUCGUUCAGCGUCUCCGUGUGUGUUGUUCUUCGACGAGUUGGAUUCUAUCGCCAAGUCCCGCGGCGGGUCUGUGUCGGACGCCGGCGGCGCCGCCGACCGAGUCAUCAACCAGAUACUCACGGAAAUGGACGGCAUGGGCGCUAAGAAGAACGUCUUCAUUAUAGGCGCCACAAAUCGUCCGGACAUCAUCGACCCGGCCAUCCUUCGUCCAGGUCGUCUGGACCAGCUGAUCUACAUCCCUCUACCGGACGAGAAAUCUCGCGAGGCUAUACUGAGGGCCAACUUACGCAAGUCGCCAAUAGCUAAGGACGUUGACUUAUCAUACAUCGCUAAGGUGACACAAGGCUUCAGUGGCGCUGAUCUGACGGAGAUCUGCCAGCGCGCCUGCAAGCUCGCCAUCAGACAGGCCAUCGAGGCGGAGAUACACCGCGAGAGGGCGCGCCAACAGUCACAACCCGCCGCCGUCAUGGAUAUGGACGAGGAGGACCCGGUGCCGGAGAUCAGCCGCGCUCACUUCGAGGAGGCGAUGAAGUUCGCGAGACGUUCAGUGUCCGACAACGACAUCCGCAAGUACGAGAUGUUCGCGCAGACGCUGCAACAGAGCAGGGGCUUCGGGACUAACUUCAGAUUCCCUACAAGCGGUGCGUCGGCGGGUGGGACGGGCACGUCUGGGGGGGACCAGCCCACGUUCCAGGAGGAGGGAGGGGACGAUGACCUCUAUAGCUAA